UUGCCCAAAAACCAAAAAAAAAAAAAACAUUUUAAUAAUGGAUUGAGAUUUUGACGAAGAUGUUGAACUUUAAAAACUCCAUAACUGACUUUAUCAUCACCUAACUAAACCCCCAUGCUCGAACCUUCCAAUAAAACCCUAUGGAUUUCUCUUACACGCAUGUAUUUGUCUCCAUCACACCUACUUGAUUGAUCUGAUCAUCAGAUACUUGCAGCCCCCAAUAAUUCACUAUCUCUCUCUCUUACUCUUUUGUUACAAUUCUGUUAACAAACUUUGACGUCACCAUUUGAAUUCUUAUCCAAUUCCCAUUUCCUAACAGAAUUUUUCCUCUUUUUCUCUUUCUCUUUUUCAUUCCUUAGAGAUUCUUGAUUCUCCCACUUCCUUCUUUAGUCGUUACAGUCUUUGCUCUGUUUUCAAAAAAAAAAAGUUGGUUCCUUUCUCAACUUUUUUCCCGGGAAAGUGAAUGAGAGCUAAAAGGGUUUAUCAUGUUUGAGAUUCCGGGUAAUACAAUUCCUCUCAAAUAAAAAGUUUCCAUUUUUAAUCUUCUUUCGAAAUUCUGUAGUUUUAUGGAUAAGUUAGGGUUGAGCAAAAGGGGUUAUUUUGAUUUCGCUCUCAAGAACAAAAAAUGGAUAUUAUUAGCAGUAAGUGGUUACGGUGCUUUUAGGGUUUAUCAUUCUCCUUCAAUUUCCCAGAAACGGAAACGAAUCUCUAAGCUUUUCACUCUUCUUCUCAAUCUCAUCGAAGCUGCUUCUGAUUCCGCUGAAACCGUUAGUGUUAUCUCCAAAGAUCUAACAGAGUUUCUCAGAUCCGAUUCAGAUCAAAUCCCAAAUAGUUUGAAGCAGAUUUCCAAAAUCGCGAAAUCAGAUGAGCUUAAUUCUUCUUUGAUCCGAUUCACUCAAGCUAUGACCGUUGGAUUGAUCCGUGGAAUUGAUGAUGGAUCCGGGUCGGGUUUUACUGAUCGGGUUAUGGAUAAGCUCUUUACGAAAUCCGGGUCGGGUUUUGCUUCGGCGAUUGUUGGUAGCUUUGCGAGGAACUUAGUCGUUGCGCUUUAUUCCUCCGCCGGCGAUGGAUCGAAUUCGAAAUUGCUCGACGCGGUUUUCUCUGAUGAUGGGAGGAGAUUGAUCGGCGAUUGCGUUCAGCGUUUCGUGAGUACUGCGGUUUCGGUUUAUCUCGAUAAGACGAGCGAUGUUAACGUAUUCGACGAUUUAUUCGCCGGUUUAACCAAUCCGAAACAUGAAGGAAAGGUUAAGCAAACGCUUGUAACGCUAUGUAACAGCGCGGUUGAGACGUUUGUAAGAGCGUCGCGGAAACCGGUUCAAUUGAACCGGUCAUCGUCAUGUCAAGAUUCGUCUCAAACGCUGACCGUUGGAUCAACGAAACAAGCGACGUGGAUCGAUCGGGUGUCGUCGUCGUUAUCGGUACCGAGUAACCGGAAAUAUGUGGUGGAUUUAACCGGGCGGGUAACGUUUGAGACGGUUAGAUCGUUGUUAGAAGUGUUGAUUGAGAGAGCAAAUGGUAAAGUGGAGAGUUAUGUGGAGAAAGUGAGAGAGAGAGGAAAUGAGACAAGGAGAUUUGUGAGAGUUAAAACAUCACUUCUUCAUAGUUUAUGUUUGUCUCUCUGUUUACAGAUUGUUGAAGCUCCAUGGAUGCUGACUCCAAGAAACUGAUUUUCGGAUUUUCAGGCUAAAAGACAAGAAACACUUUUGUGUUUGGUUUAAUUCUUGGAUUCAUCAAUCAAAUUUGAUGUAAAAUUGUUUUUUUUUUUUAUUUUAUUUGAGGAGAUGAUUGUUUUUGACUUUUUUGGAUAGAAAGAAAUGGGUUGGUUUGAAUGUUUUUUUUGGAUUUGGAUAUUUGGAUAAUGAUAAGUGUGGGACAUUAUUUGUUACACUUUUGUGGAUAAUAUAUGGUAUGGAUAUAGUUGCUGAGUAAAUGUGGUGACGUGGAUGGGACAAGGUCUACAUGUUUCUUUUAUGAGAAAGAGUCAAUAAGUAACAAAGAAGUUUC